AACAACAUUCUGCAAGCGCUACAGAUACACUCAACAUGUAUUCCAAAUUGGUAGCUCUCUGCGCAUUCGUCGCCGUGGCCUCGGCUGGCCUCGUACCUGCUCCAGUACACUAUUCUUCAGCGGCAGCUGUCUCCUCUCAGAACAUCGUCCGCCACGACCAGCACCAGGCUAACCUAGCCUACGCCGCUCCCGUCGCCAAGCUCGCCGUCGCUGCUCCCGCUGUGUACCACGCCGCCCCCGCCGUGCACAACACCGCGCCCACCGCCGCCCCCGUCAUCUACAAGCAAGCCGCCGCUCCUCUCCUAGUCAAAACUCCUGCUCUCUCCCAUUCCGCGCACCUUUACAAUGCAAAACGUGUAUGAAUUGACUAAGGACAUGGCUA